AUGUCAUCUUGCAACACUAUUGGUAUCGACCUCGGUACUACCUACUCAUGCGUUGGAGUCUAUCAGAAUGGAAAGGUCGAGAUCCUUGCCAACUCUGAGGGAAACAAGACCACUCCAUCGUAUGUCGCUUUCACAGAAGCAGAACGUCUUGUCGGCGAUGCAGCUAAAGACCAAGCUGCCAGAAAUCCGGAGAAUACCAUCUUCGACGCGAAACGACUGAUCGGACGCCGAUACGAUGAUUCGGCGGUUCAGGCGGAUAUGAAGCACUUCCCAUUCGCCGUCAAGAACAAGAACGGAAAACCUGUGAUUGAGGUUGAAGUGAAGUCCGAACGUCGCCAGUUUAAUCCGGAAGAGAUUUCCGCGAUGGUCCUUCAAAAGAUGAAAGAAACCGCAGAAACGUACCUCGGCAAGACAGUCAAAGACGCUGUUAUCACAGUUCCCGCCUACUUCAACGAUAGCCAGCGUCAGGCGACCAAAGAUGCUGCCACGAUUGCGGGACUCAACGCCAUUCGCAUUAUCAACGAACCAACUGCGGCUGCUCUUGCCUAUGGUCUCGACAAGAACCUCAAGGAUGAGAAGAAUGUGUUGAUCUUCGACUUGGGAGGAGGAACAUUUGAUGUUUCGAUUCUCACAAUUGCCGAAGGAUCAAUUUUCGAAGUGAAGUCAACCGCCGGAGACACUCACUUGGGAGGUGAAGACUUCGAUCAGCGCAUGCUUCAACACCUUGUCGCUGAAUUCAAGAGGAAGACAGGAAAAGAUAUUACAAAGAAUCCUCGCGCGCUUCGCCGCCUUCGAACUGCCUGCGAGCGCGCGAAGAGGACCUUGUCGAGCUCAUCCGAAGCCACGAUUGAAAUUGAUUCUCUUCACGAGGGACACGAUUUCUAUUCAAAAGUGACUCGCGCUCGUUUCGAGGAGCUUUGCGCGGAUCUUUUCCGAAAGACCUUGGAGCCGGUUGAGAAGGCUCUUCGUGACGCGAGACUCGACAAAUCGAAGAUCGACGAAGUUGUUUUGGUUGGAGGAUCCACCCGUGUUCCGAAGAUCCAGAAACUUCUCAAGGACUUCUUCAACGGAAAGGAAUUGAACUGCUCUAUCAAUCCGGAUGAGGCUGUCGCUUAUGGCGCUGCCGUUCAAGCGGCGGUUCUUUCUGGAGUUCAGGACAAUUCCAUCAAGGAUGUGCUCCUCGUCGAUGUGGCGCCGCUCAGUCUUGGAAUUGAAACUGCCGGCGGUGUGAUGACCAACCUCAUCGAUCGCAACACCACGAUUCCAACGAAAGCGACGAAGACGUUCACUACCUACGCCGACAAUCAGCCUGGUGUCUCAAUCCAAGUGUUCGAAGGUGAACGCGCAAUGACCCGUGACAAUCAUCGUCUCGGAACUUUCGAACUCUCUGGAAUACCGCCGGCGCCACGCGGAGUCCCACAAAUCGACGUUACCUUCGAUAUCGAUGCGAAUGGAAUCCUGAACGUCUCCGCUGUCGAUAAGUCCACCGGAAAGUCCAACAAGAUCACCAUCAAAAACGAGAAGGGACGACUAUCACAAGCUGAAAUCGACAGAAUGGUCAAUGAAGCUAAACAGUUUGAGCAAGAAGAUCAAGCUCAACGCGAACGUGUGGCUGCCCGGAACCAACUUGAGGCUUAUGCGUUCCAAUGCAAGCAAGCUCUCGACGAAUAUGGUAGCCGCUUGAGCCCGGAAGACGUACAACGUGCACGUGAAGCCUGUGACGAGACGCUCCGUUGGAUGGAAUCGAACACAUUGGCGGAGAAGGACGAGAUCGAGGCGAAGGAGAAUGAGUUGAAGCAGAUCAGCCAAUCGAUUAUGGCGAAGAUCCAUCAGAAUGGCGGCGGUUCGACGGGAUGCGGAAAUGCCCAAUCAUCUGGCUUCUCUGGCGCCAACUAUCCUGGCGGAAACGGACCGACUGUUGAAGAAGUCGACUAA